AAUCAUCCGUUAGUAGAAGUUCACUCACUCCUCCUGAGAAAAUACAAAAUUAAAAACCAAAUUCGCUGUGUUGUUCUUCUUCGUCUUCCUCUUUACCCUCUGAAAAACCUAAUGGAGAAAUUAGCAGUUUCUCGAAGUAUAUCUCCUUCGUUUAUUCGAUUCCAUCCUCAGACAUUUUGUAAUGGGAGAAGACGAAGUGUAUCAUCGAAUUCGCUGAGUUUCUUGAAUUCUCCCGCUUGUUUUCAAUCUUUGAAAUGUUGCGCUACUUCGCCUCCUCCUUCAUCUUUAGUGAAUGAUGAGGUGAAGUUCAAAGAAGCAUCUGAGAAUGGGAAUUUGAUUCCAUUGUUCAAAUGCAUAUUUUCCGAUCAUUUAACGCCGGUACUUGCGUAUCGGUGUUUGGUUAAAGAGGACGAUAGAGACGCGCCGAGUUUUCUGUUUGAAUCGGUUGAACAAGGUGUUCGAGCUUCUAAUGUUGGUAGGUAUAGUGUGGUUGGUGCACAACCAAGUAUGGAAGUUAUAGCUAAAGAAAAUGUAGUGACAAUAUUGGAUCAUGAAAAGGGGCAUAGGACUGAAGAAGUUGUUGAAGAUCCUAUGGUGAUACCUAGAAGAUUAAUGGAAGGAUUGACUCCACAGCUUAUUAAUGAGUUGCCCAAUGCGUUUUGUGGUGGAUGGGUAGGUUAUUUCUCUUAUGAUACAGUGCGGUAUGCAGAAAGCAAAAAGCUUCCAUUCUCAGCUGCACCAAAUGAUGAUAGGAACCUCGCGGAUCUUCAUUUAGGUUUCUAUGAUGAUGUGAUUGUGUUUGAUCAUGUAGAAAAGAGAGUAUACGUGAUUCACUGGGUGCGGCUAGAUCGAUAUUCUUCAGUUCAAGAGGCUUAUGAAGAUGGAAUGAGCAAACUUGAGGUUUUAACAUCUACAGUACAUGAUAUUGACACACCGAAGUUAGCUGCGGGGUCUGUGAACAUACAAACUCCCCUUUUUGGUUCUCCAUUAAAGACAUCGACCAUGUCAAGUGAAACAUAUAAGAAAGCUGUGCUUGAAGCGAAGGAACAUAUCUUGGCUGGUGACAUUUUCCAGAUUGUGCUAAGCCAACGUUUUGAACGCCGUACUUUUGCUGAUCCAUUUGAAGUAUAUAGAGCACUGAGAGUUGUGAACCCAAGUCCUUACAUGACUUAUUUACAGGCUAGAGGAUGCAUCCUUGUUGCGUCAAGCCCAGAGAUUCUUACCCGAGUGAAGAAGGGGAAGAUUGUUAAUCGACCACUUGCUGGAACAAUUAGAAGAGGAAAGACGGAGGAAGAAGAUAAGAUGGCGGAGAAGCAGCUGCUGGCUGAUGAAAAACAAUGUGCUGAGCACAUUAUGCUUGUUGAUUUGGGAAGGAAUGACGUGGGAAAGGUUUCUAAACCCGGUUCUGUGAAAGUGGAAAAAUUAAUGAAUGUUGAAAGAUAUUCCCAUGUCAUGCACAUUAGCUCCACUGUUACUGGAGAAUUACUUGAUGAUCUUACUUGUUGGGAUGCUUUACGUGCUGCAUUGCCAGUUGGAACAGUUAGCGGGGCACCCAAGGUGAAAGCCAUGGAGUUGAUUGACGAAUUAGAAGUUACAAGGCGAGGACCAUACAGCGGUGGAUUUGGGAGUGUGUCUUUGUCAGGCGACAUGGACAUUGCACUUGCUUUGCGCACCAUUGUAUUCCCAACAGGAAAUCAUUAUGACACUAUGUACUCAUACAAGAAUGUGAACAGACGACGGGAAUGGGUUGCUCAUCUGCAGGCUGGUGCUGGUAUUGUAGCUGAUAGUAAUCCUGAUGAUGAACAGCGUGAAUGUGAAAACAAAGCCGCUGGUCUAGUACGAGCCAUUGAGCUCGCAGAGUCGGCUUUUGUUGACAAAUCUUGAUGCAGUUUCUAAAUUGAGUUGCAAAUAACAGUUUUGAUAGAAAUCAGAACGACAACUGUUUUUCCCCCUUCAAUUCAAUAUAAUUUCUUUCAUUUUCUUUUUCCU